UUCAAUUUAUUUUUUUAAGGUGUCCCAGAAAAAGGUUGAGUUAGAUAGAUGUAAAAAUUAUCGUGAUGAAAUCCAGAAGGCUGAACAGUUAAUUGAAGAAAUGAGGAUAGAACGCGACGAAGUUCGCUCAACAUUAAGCAAGAUCCCAACAUGUGUGAUCUGCCUCGACAAAAUGCCCCAAAUGUUGUACAUGCCAUGCUCACAUUUCAUUUGCUGUGAAGCCUGUGGACGCAGAUUCGAAAAUUGUCCGACUUGCAGACAAAAAAUUUGCGGCAAAAUCACUGUUUACCAGUGA